AUGAUCAACUACAAAUUAUCAAAAGACUCAGUUGGUAUAGAGAAUGUAACAGUUUCAGAUAAUCAGUAUACGUUCGGAUAUCCAUGCGGUGACAGUUUAGAAGACUGCACACCAUAUACUAUCAACCUCAUUGGAGGAACAUUUCUUAUUGAAGCAUGGGGAUCGGCUGGCUCCGCUCAACACACCCAAACUCAAAAUUCACUGCCUGGCCUUGGAGGAUACUCCUCAGGCGUUUUAGUCGUAAAAAAAUCGUUGACACUCUACUUAUAUAUUGGAUCCAUUUCAUUCUUUAAUUCCAUUUUUAAAUAUGUGCCAAGUUCCAAUUGUUUCUUCGGAAUUGGGGGAGGAUCUUCUGAUGUGAGAUUAUAUGCGAACGAAACGUUUGAUUGGUCUGAUCCUCUCUCACUCCGCUCUCGUAUUCUAGUUGCGGGCGGCGGUGGGGGUUCUGAGUGGACUGGCUCUCGAGGAGGUCACGGCGGUGGCCUAUUAGGAGGUGAAGGCUAUCCAUCCUGCGGUGAAAAUUGUCCAGACGCUAUAACUGGAGGCGGAUCCCAAAUUGCAGGAGGAAAAGCUGAUGAAGAAUUGAAAGGCUUAUUUGGUAAAUCACCAAUAAAUUAUAAUUCUGCAGAUAUGGGUGGUAUAGGAGGAAAUGGAUAUUAUAGUGGAGGAUCGAAUGAAGUACAAGGUGCUGGUGGUGGUGGAAGCUCUUUUAUUUCAGGAUAUGAAGGAUGCAUUGCAUUGAAUAGCUCGUUAAAUGAAAAUCCAAAUCCAACAGGCUCUUCAAUUCAUUAUUCUGGAAUAAAGUUCUUCAAUCCCACAAUGAUACAAGGGAAUAAUGAGAUGCCUCUGUUCUUCAAGUCAGGAUCUACGAAUCGUGGCAUAGGAAAUAAGAAUAGAGGUGCAAUAAGAAUUACAAUUAUCAGUGGAAAAAAAUGCACAGAAAAUUUAAAGUGCCAAAGUAUUCUUUCAUUCCUUUUGAUUGCCUUGUCUAAUGCCAUUGAUAGUUGA